GGGCCCCGUCAGUUGGACGCCAACCUCCGCUUGAUUCACACUGACGAGCUGCUCGUGCCAAUUCUUCACUUUUCUUUUUGUAUAGCGAGAAAACUUUUUUUUCUCUCUUUGCCUUCUGCUAGUGCGUGCCGUUUUGUCUGCUGUCAUCUCCGUACAUUGUGCUGCAUCACGUAUGAGAAUUCGCUGGCCUCUAUCCGGCCCAGCUGUGAUGUUUGUUUUCGAUUCACUUUUAGCCGUUUAUGCAAAUAGAGUAACUCGAUCAAAGCCCAGCUUUUGUUUUUAAAGAUAUUUGACGUGAUUGGAUCCCUUUUGUGUACCCUCGAAAUUGGGUAGGUGUGCAAUAUUCGGCAAUAUUGAACAUAACCGUUAACAUCGAUCCAAGAUAUAUAAAGGAACAGCGUUUGCACGACACGAAAUUGGCCGUGCCGGUUCAUCUAAAGGUAAAUCGUAAGACCUUGAAUCACGUCUAUCAAAUCGACCCGCAUUUCUCGAAAAGUUUGUCCGAAAAACGUUUCCAAUGGACCGACCGGAAUGACGACAAUGGCCAGCACAAGUCGAAUACCCAUCGCAUUAGUUCUCCUAUUUGGUUUCUUCGGCAACCUACCAGGAUGCUGGACGUUCUUAUUGACGUCGGCGCCCGAGGUUCAACUCAUGGUGGCUUCGUCGACGCCAGCCGGAACGCCCGUCUUCCGUUUUCACGCCGUCCGUUCGCCAACCGACCGAGACGAUGACCUCUCCGUUUUCUUCUUUGUCGGAUCUACCGAAUCAGCGGCAUCUCCAUCCGGUGCUGGCGGCAGUUCCGCCAAACGAUCCUUGUUCGUUCUGGACUCGUUGACGGGAAUCCUCGCCGUCGCUGCUGACGUCAACCUCCACGACCGCGUCACGCGCAAUAAAGAAACCUUCCGGUUCGAGGUCGGAGUCCGCAACGCCAACAUUUCAACGUCCGCCGACGAAAUCGACCACCUGGGCGUGAUCCUGACCAUCAUCGCUAAACCGCCCGACUGCCGCCGACCCAACAAAGACUGGUGUUUCGGACCCAACCGGAGUGGCUCAGCAACUGUUUCGACCAUGUUGCGCGUCUUUGAAAACCGACCGAAAGGGACUGACCUCAUCGACUUGAGCUACCGAUCCGCCAAUUUUAAACAAUUUUGUCCUGAUCUUCGGAUGUCUUAUUCACUUCACCAGUUUAAAGGUCCAGGGCUUGAGCUUCACGAGUCUGGGCUAUUGUCAACUGCCGCCCGUCUGGAUCGAGAAUUAAAGGCUCACAUUCCCUUCCAGCUAGUCUGUACGAUUAAUGGGCCAUUUUCGACCGAUGCUACCAUCACGACGCUAAUCACAAUCGACCAGAAUAUGACGCUAGCCGUCGAGGACGAAGAUGACAACCCUCCGAGUCUUCAAAACCCCAACGAGCAACAAAUAAUUGACGUGUACCUCAAGGACCAAGGUAUCAUUCAGGAAAAAGAUUUGCUCAACAAGCCGGUCAUGGUGUUGGAUGAUGACAGUGACCGAAUUAAUCGAUUCCGGCUGACGCUAUUCCCACCCGAAGAUAAAGCCCAUCGAUUAAUAUCAACUCUGUUGAAGCUCGAGCACACUGUUUGGUCGUUAGUUCGGCCGGAGACGGGUGUCCCACGAUCCGUCAUGAGCAUAGGUUUGGUGGGAGCUGCUACUAGCCGCCAUCUGGUUCCUGCUGAUGAUUGUAACGUGACUGUUAUCAUCGAGGAUACUAGCCUGUUGCCUGGUUACGGCGAUAAACAGGUUGCCUUUCACUUGCGCAUUCAUACUGGAUAUCCACCCAACGUGACUAGUAGCCUUCAACGGCCGCAGUGGAUGAAAUAUCCGAUUCCGGCUUCCGCCGAAACUUCAUCCUCCGAUUCCGCACUUUUUGCUGAAAGAGACGGGGUUUGGACACGGUGGCUGAACGCCACCGUUGGCCGCUCAGCUUGUCGAUACACCCGAGUGGCUAAUUUGUACCCGCACGGCUACCAACAAGACGGACAGAGGCCAGUUAACUUCCGCGUACUGGAAGGAUUACACCCGGAUGAAAAUCCAGUCUUUUCAAUCACGGCAGACGAAGGCAUCCUCUACGUCUCUCAUCCGGAAUCAUUGGCUGAAUUGUCGAACAGAAAUUCUUUGAAUUUGCGGAUCGGUUGGGAUCUUAUUCCAGUAGACGCUUCCGGUGUCCAGCAGAAUGGAUCGGCCGUCUUCCGGAUCGAUAUAGUCGAUAGCAAUCAUUUGCUGGUCGAUUCCUCCGAGGCUGUAGAAUGUGACGCCGCCCAGUAUUGCGCCAAAUUCCGGACGGAGACUGGAUGUAAUGAAGUGGUUGGAUCAGUAGCGACGGAUCAACGUGGAUGCGCUUGGAGGCGUAGUGACGGUAACAACACUGUCAACGGCCCCAGUCGGAUGUAUCAGACUUGUUCCCCGGAUUUGACUACUUGUCCGGAUGGUUAUUGCGAUGAGCUGGAAGCUCUUUCUUGGGAGAUUUGCCCUCAGGAUUGUACAGAAAAAGUUCUGGGAACCCACUUCAAGCUAAACCAAGUGGCUACUGGCAAGUCUCGAGGCAUAGCAUCAGCAGCCGGAAUCUGUUCCUGUGGAGACGCCCACUCUCGUGAUUGCUCUUGCAUGCCGCCCCCGCCAGAAUCUACUUCCGAUACGAAUUUCGACAAUCCGGAUGAUUCGGAAGAAACCGGAAAUGUGAUCAAUAAUAAAGGCAAAACUGGCAGUCGCGAAUCAUCGACCAAUUUAGUCAAUUUCGUCCAAUACACUGCAGGCAGAAAUUUGGAUAAUACUUGCGACACAACCUGUCGAGUCUUAGUGGGGGCAAUAGCUGCGUUCGUUUUGCUCGCUCUACCUACCGCUCUGUUUAUUUAUUGGAGAAAAAGGAGGUGGAUGAUUUGUGGCAAACAAAAAAGGAAUGGCUCCUACGUAGGCCACGUCAAUUCCACCCACCGUGAUGUCAAUAAUCUUAACAUGUCCGUCUACAUCGAAGAAAGACGCCUGAGGGGAGCGGAAGAGAACGUUCAACAGAACAUGUCGUUUCUAUCGUUCGGAAUUUCUGCGACAGAUCGCAAGUGGGAAAUCCCACGCAAGUGGCUCAUCAUCGAUGAGAAAACGCCGCUGGGCGAAGGUGAAUUCGGACAAGUUAUGCGCGCCACCGUCACUUCCGUCACCGGAAUAGGAGGCCAUCGUGUCGUGGCUGCCAAGAUGGCCAAAACGGCCUCGACGAUGAUAAGCCGUGGAGAUAUCGGCGAAACGAUUUCCCCCGAACUGGCCGAUCUCUUGUCUGAAUUUCAUCUCCUCAAAGAUGUCAGCCAUCCGAACGUCAUCAAAUUGCUGGGCGCUUGUACCGACGUCUCCGGGCCAUUUCUCCUCAUCCUCGAGUAUUGCGAACACGGAUCUCUCCGUAAUUAUUUGCGCCGAAGUCGGCUUAUUCUUCCAGAGCAACAGCAGCAAAGUCCAUCUUCUUUCAUGGUAACGCCUGCCGUUACCCCACGAGAUCUUCUUUCCUUUGCUUGGCAAAUCAGCCAAGCCGGUGCUUACCUCAGCGAAAUGAAGCUGGUCCAUCGAGAUUUGGCGGCCAGAAACGUGCUGGUAGCUUCUGGUAAGGUUUGUAAAGUCUCUGAUUUUGGCCUUACCCGCGAUGUCUACGAAGGUGACACCUAUUUCAAAACCAGUAAAGGCCGAGUUCCAAUAAAAUGGAUGGCUUUGGAAUCACUGUCGGACCAUGUCUACACAUCAAAGUCAGACGUGUGGAGCUUCGGCGUUUUGCUUUGGGAGCUGGCCACACUUGGGGCAAAUCCUUAUCCCGGAGUGACCCCGGAAAGGCUUUACCGACUUCUUAAAACCGGCUACAGAAUGGAGAAGCCUGAUAACUGCUCCGAAGAACUGUACGAACUGAUGAUGAAAUGCUGGCGGGAAGACCCACAGGAGCGGCCGCAAUUUGCCGAACUGGUUAAAACCGUCGAGGACAUGCUAGGCGUUGGAAUGGAUUAUCUCGAUCUCGGAUGCCUUGCCGGCGUUUCUAACCGCGAAUAUUUCAUGAGCAGCGACUCGGACGGAUCUCUCCCGAAAGGACUGCAACAAUUGAGAUGGGACGACGACGAGGACGAGUUGCCUAUAUCGAGCGCCGAAACGAGUCCAGCGGAGGAUCAGUCGAGUUUUUACCUCAACAUGUCGUCCAGCAAGACCGAUGAUGGAGAAACCAUUCCACUAGUCAACAGCGGCCAGCACCAGCAGCUAAUUAUACAGGAUUCAUUCCCGUUAUUCAAACCGGUUACCGUGGCCGAAGCGCAAGACGAGUAUCUCUUACCAAUCGUCCGUGUCUGACAAAACUUGCCAAUGAAUAACAGAGGUAAAAACAAAUGAUUUGAACUGUAAAAUUUUUGCGCAUAGAAUCAUCAGUCAUCCAUUUUAAUUCGUGAUUCAAUUUGAGCGUCCAUUGACCCCCUCUACCGCCAUUUUGGCUAUUUGCAGUCCAAACUCAUCUAGUCACACACAAGUUAUUUAUUCAAAAUCUCUAAAUUAGAUUUUUUUCCUUUUCAAACGUGCAGUACAAUUAUUUUU